CUACUCUGCUACUUUUAACCUUCGGUUAGCUUAACCGGAGUUGGUGAAACCGGCUCUCAGUGAGCGUGCGCAAAACAGAGGCUUCUCUGACAACGCGAGUUACCUACACUAACCUCAAGUUGUCCAUUUUCGUCUAAAGGCUCACGACAGAGGGAUCAAAAUGUUGAUGCCCAAAAAGAAUCGUGUAUCUAUUUAUGAAUACCUUUUUAAGGAGGGUGUUAUGGUAGCAAAGAAGGACUACCAUGCACCAAAACAUCCAGAGUUGGAAACAAUUCCAAAUCUUCAAGUCAUUAAGGCUAUGCAGUCCUUAAAAUCGAGAGGAUAUGUAAAAGAGCAAUUUGCAUGGAGGCACUUCUACUGGUAUCUCACCAAUGAUGGCAUUGAAUUCUUGCGCGGAUAUCUACAUUUGCCACCAGAAAUUGUGCCUUCUACCCUGAAGAAACAGCCAAGGUCUGAAACCACAAGGCCAAGACCUGCAGCAACUAGGAGUGAAGGUUCUAGACCAACAGAGGACCGUGCAGGAUACAGACGCGGUCCAGGUGGUCCUCCUGGUACAGGAGACAAAAAGGCAGAUGUUGGAGCAGGUACUGGAGACUUGGAGUUUCGUGGUGGCUUUGGUCGUGGCAAAGCUCUACAGUAA